ACAAGGGAGGGUGAAACUGCACUUCCCAACUUCUCUCUAUACUAUUCUGCUUGCAUAAUACACUCUGCAAUAUUCUGCAAUACUCUGCAGACACAUCUGCAAUACUCUGCAGGCACCUCUCCUCUGCAUUAUUCUGCAAUACUCUGCAUACACAUCUGCAAUACUCUGCAGGAACCUCUCACCUGCAAUACUCUGGAGGAACCUUUCCGCUGCAAUAUUCUGCAUGCACUUCUCCUAUGAAUUAAUCUGAAGUACUCUGCAGGCACCUCUCCUCUGCAAUAUUCUGCAGGCAUCUCUCCUCUGCAAUAUUCUGCAGGCAUCUCUCCUCUGCAAUAUUCUGCAGGUACCUCUACUCUUCAUUCCACUUCAGUGUACCAUUGCCCCUCACCAUUCAUCACUUCUCUGGACACCACUAGGAGGACAGAUGGGCUGGAUGAUGAUCCCUCUUAGCAACUGUUUCCUAGGUUUCCUACUUUUGUGUGCCCCCCACCCAGGGUCUUCCUGGUAUAAGCACUCUGCCAGCCCACGGUAUCACACUGUGGGCAGAGCCUCUGGACUCCUCAUUGGAGUCCGGCGUUCCCCGUACUUGUGGAAGAGAGAAAGCUUUCCGCCCAGCCUCCAGGGGACAGAAGAGGGGGAAGGGGUAAAUCACGGACUUUGGGAUGGUGCAGGAACAGAGCACCAGCUGUAUCCCGAUCCAGGAGAGAACAGAAGCUUAGUUGAGAAGUUACAGUCUGAGAUCAUGGAGAGGGCUCUGGAGGAGAAGAGAAGUCCUAAAGCCAAAGGAACAAUUCAUGGUGAAAAGAGCACAAAACCAGGUGGAUGGAGGACAUAUAAGGGAAUAGGCGAAGAGAGAAGCCUGGAAGGACAAAGUUGGAUGACCAAGCACCCAGGAGAUGAGGAGAAAAGUUUGGAAGAACAAAUUUGGGUGACAAAGUACCCAGGAGAUAAGGAGAGAAGUUUGGGAGGACAAAGAUGGGUGGCCAAGUACCCAGGAGAUGAGGAGGGAAGCCUGGGAGGUCAAAGUUGGGUGGUCAAGUACCCAGGAGAUAAGGAGAGAAGUCUGGAAGGUCAAAGUUGGGUGACCAAGCACCCAGAAGUGGAAAGAAGCUUGGGUGAACAAAGUUGGUUGCCCAAGCACCAAGGAGAUGAGGAGAGCCUGGGAGGACAAAGUUGGGUGACCAAGCACCCAGGAGAUGAGGAAAAUAGCCUAGAAGGACAAAGUUGGAUGACGAGGCACCUAGGAGAUGAGAAGGGAAGCCUGGGAGAGCACACACUCUUUAUUAAGGAGCAGGGAGAAGAUAAGAGGACCUUAGAAAGUAGUUGGGUGACUAAGCAGCCUUCAGAUGUGGCCAGAAGCAUGGAAGAUGGACAGGCUGUGGUAGCCAGGACCCCGGAUAGAGCUAUAAGGACAAUCCAGGUGGAGUCUGGCCAGAGGAGAAGAUCCAGUGGAGCGGACAUCCUGUCUAUGCUGCUGAAGAUGCACCUGCAGGCAGCGAGCAGGUCUCUCCCAUGGAGAACACAGACCCAGGCAGACAAAAAGGCACUUUACCCCAAGUCCAACACUGCUAAAUGGAUCAGCUGUGACGACUUCACUUUGACUUUCCAGAAGGCCCUGUGCCAAGGCAGCCUACGGUUCCGAUCUCACUCACAACCACAGCCCUGGAAGGCCGAAGCCUGAAGCGGAGGAACCAAACAUUCAUUUAUGAACUUAAACCAAGAUAUGCAUUCUGAAGCUCACGUGGGUCUUUUCACCAACCAUCUCUGAGAAGCCAUAGCUGGCAUCAGGGUGGAAUUAUGAGGACUCGUAGUCCUCCGAUUGCUAUAGAUCACACUCUCCAGCACAGAGCACAUCUUACAUCUGUGUAAAUACAUUUAAAGAAUUGUUACUUUGCAGUUUGUUAAGUUGAAUGCUUUAAAAUAAAAGUGUUUUGUGUUCAGCAGAAUACACUUGUUAAAUUCUGUAUGCGUAGAAACAGUGGUGUGCAGCCAACAUCUCCCUUUAUGUACUAAUCUCUGGUGUCAUAGUGCAUUUUCACAGAGCAAACGAUUAAAGGGACUCUAGUCCUAGGUUUUAUUUUUAGUUUAUAUUUGUGGAAUGUAAAUAUUAAAGA